ACUGGCCGUGUUGGUGAACCACGUAAUAGAAGCAGUUGAGGCCACUCCAAGGAACUCAAUCCUAUUGUACCUUAAUCUACUCCCCAGUCUACCCUAAUUUGUUAAGACUCUUCCUCGCCUUCGUCACCUCAACGUCGUUACCAUGGCACUGAAGAGAAUUAAUAAGGAGAUGAGGGAACUUGAGAGAGACCCCCCAGGACAGUGUUCAGUGGGUCCCAUAGCCAAUGACCCCUUCCAUUGCCAAGCCACCAUCAUUGGGCCCACGGGCACGCCCUUCGAGGGAGGACUCUUUGAUCUAAGGAUCGAUUUUCCUGAUGACUACCCCUUCAGGCCUCCCAAGGUGUGGUUCACGACCAAGAUCUUCCACCCCAACAUCAGCGACAGAGGAAGCAUCUGUCUCGACAUAUUAUCACAGAACUGGUCCCCCACACUCAGUAUAUCUAAAGUGCUGCUCAUCAUUUGUGCUCUGCUGACUGACCCUAAUCCAGACGACCCAUGGAGGAAGGACAUAGCUGAGCUGUAUGUGAACGACAGGGAGAAGUAUGAGAGCACGGCCCGAGAAUGGACUGCUCAGUUUGCCACCGCCUGAAGUCCUGACACUAAAGUUGCUAAUUGAUUGAAUGAUUGAUAUUAUUAAGGAUUCAUCUCGUGUACAGUGACUUAUAAUAUGAGGAAGAACAGUAUAACAUAAAUAGAACUCUGAACAAUUUGUUUAACGGGAUAAAUUCAUAUACAAAGUGAACAAUAACAACAGUAUCUAUAUGGCUAGUAGUGCAAUCAUAAGUAAAUAUCAUUAACGUUCACUGUUCAUCAUCUUGAGUGUUAUUGAACUUGUUAUAGUGUCAUACUAUUUUGAACUAUCUAUAAUGUGUUUGAGUAAUGUUGUUAUUGUUUUGAAUUAUAAUGAUGAAAGUA